CGGGACAAAACGAGCUUUUUCGACACGCGCUUUUAUCGUUAAAAAAAUGGGGAAUUAAGUGCGCCGAGUAUUAAACAAUCGCAAAAUUUAAAUUUUAUUAAUCUUUUUUUUUUGGCUACAAUAUAUUUCGCGAAUCAUGAAAAUUAUAGUGACAAUGUGGUGAUAUAAUUGUGUGCGAGAGAUGUAAUUAUCAAAAUUAGAUUUUUAUCAAAGAGAGAAGAUAUCAAUGCGGAGUGAAAUUUAUUGUCGUCGCAAUUUUUGUAGGGCGUGCAAAAGAGGAACGAGAGCAGAAUUAUAUGUUGAUUGUGCUGAAUAUGAAGUGCAUAUUUGAUAGACCGAUUCCGGUCGAUCGGGUAUAUGGUUAAAACGAGUCCGGGAAGAGAUGUCAUGUUGAACUUUGCAAUGAACUGUAACUCGAAUAAAAUCAAGUGGCGUCCGGAAAAUCGACCGACAGCUACGAAAAUGUGAACUCCACGUGCGGAAAAGUAACUUCUAACAAUUCCGCGUUGGCAGCGGAAGCUCCGAAGCGAAAAGUUCGAGCGACGGCCGAAAGAGCCCCGGUCCCGUUCUCUUCGCAUCCGGUCUGACGUUAGCCGGAAAAAUUAUUUUUACUUCAAUCGGGAGUGCUUGCUUCUGAGUCGCGUCGCUUGUCGCGCGUUGCUUCAAAACUUGUCAUUGAUGCGUGAACCUUUUAAAAGGUUGCGGUAUUUUUCUACGGUAAUCUCUUUCCACAUAUAACAUAUAGUAUACGUCAUAAGUGUCAAAGUGUGGUGUCUCUUCUUUUUUUAAUUAAUUACAAUAUAAGAGUUUUGUGAUAAAAUUUCAUUGCGAAAAAAUUCCUACGAAUAUCGGGAUAAAAUCUCAGAGAGUUCAGCGAAUUUUUGGGGACUUUCAAUCUUUCAAGUGUAAAAAAUUGACAUUUGACCGAUCCACGAACGCGAAGCAAAUGUCCAAGAUGCUGCGAAUGGAAUUGGUGGGUCUUCUAUUGUUGGCCUGCACGCAGAUUCUUACGGAACAUCGCGACUUGCACGAAUCGAGGAAUCAGUACGGUUAUCAUCAGCGAUAUCACGAUCUCCAGGAGAGGAUCACGAGGGAAGUUCGCGUAAAGGAAGGCCGAUUACGCGGCAUGGUAGUUCAACCGAGGACCAAUUACAACCUGCAGCUGGUCGACGUUUUUCUCGGAGUUCCUUACGCGGAACCUCCAGUGGGAUCCUUCAGGUUUUCACCACCUCGUUCACCGCAACCAUGGCGAGGGGUGAGGCAGUCGCAGGAAUUCGCUCCAGUUUGCCCGCAAGUCUUGCCAAAUCUUCGAGAGGAAGUGAAACCAGGCAGGUACGAAUACCUGGAGAGACACCUACCCUACUUGAGAAACCAGAGCGAGGACUGUCUGUACCUCAACAUCUACGCUCCUCAUCAGGCCGAGGGUGAGUGCGAGUGAAUCACACAGAUGGGU